GGUCCCAGUCCCACAUGGCAGCCACGGCCCUCGAACGAAACUCCAGGCUUCUGCCGCAUUCUCUCCCGUGAUUCGAAACCAAAACCCUCGCCGUCCCAUUCCCCUCCCUCUCCGGAGCUGCGAGCAGAGGGCGGCGGCGGCGUGAGGCGGAGGGCGCGGAACGAAUUGGGGAUCCUGCACCGAGGAGCCCGAUUCCACAGGUCAACCCAGGCGAACUAUUCACCAUCGUGCAGCUUAGCACCGAACCUCGACCUCAAGGAUCUGCUGUUCUUCAGCAAGUGAGCACCGAGCUUGGUUUGGAAGCACAGCUCACUGGUUCUGAUCAUGGAUGCCAAUUCUGCCGGCACUGAUGUAUCUGCUGAUCAUGUCAUUGCCGAGUUGCUCGAGAUGGGGUUCGAGUUCGACAAGAUCAGUGAAGCCAUCGGUGUUGUCGGUCCGUGCCGUGCUGACGUGGUGGAGUUUGUGCUGAAUGGUUCUGGUAGUGUACAAAGAAAGCCAGGUGGGGGGUCGCAAAGACGCUCUUCUGACAGGAGUGCUAGACUGGCUAAUCCCAGGGGGAAAUUUAAGCAGUCUAGCAUUACUGAUCAUAUCGCGUCAACCACUGGCAGUAAAACCGAGUCUUGUGGCGAGGAGCCAAGUACCUCAUAUUCUUGUUUAGCGGCCAACAUGAACCCUGCAUCGACUGCUGCUCUCUGUUUUCAACCAAAGCCAAAACAUCAGACUUUGGUUGACGAUCCUAGAGGCGAGUUUGACCGGACCGACAAAAUUUGUGCUGUUUUGCAAAAGCAUUUUGGAUUCUCCUGUGUGAAGAGUUUCCAAAAGGAAGCCUUGGAUGCUUGGUUUGCUCACAAGGAUUGUCUUGUUCUAGCAGCAACUGGAUCAGGGAAGUCACUUUGCUUUCAGAUUCCAGCUCUUUUGACUACGAAGGUUGUGGUGGUGAUCUCACCCUUGAUUAGUUUGAUGCACGACCAGUGCCUAAAACUUGCAAAACAUGGGAUAUCAGCAUGCUUCCUUGGAUCAGGGCAACCAGAUAAUCGUGUUGAGGGCAAAGCCAUGGCUGGCAUGUAUAAGAUUAUUUAUGUUUGCCCCGAGACAGUUUUAAGACUGAUGGAACCAUUGAAGAAACUUGCAGAAAAACCAGGGAUCGCACUUUUUGCCAUUGACGAGGUUCAUUGUGUUUCUAAAUGGGGUCAUGAUUUCCGACCUGAUUAUAGGAAACUGUCUGUGCUUCGACAAAAUUUCUGUUCCAGCAAAUUGAAGUUCUUGGAACAUGAUAUUCCUUUGAUGGCAUUGACUGCUACUGCAACUCUCCCUGUACGAGAAGACAUUCUCAAGUCCUUGAAAAUGUCAGAACUUACAGUGGUUGUCUUGACGUCCUUUUUCCGACAAAACCUUCGAUUUAAUGUAAAGCACAGUAAAACCUCUGCCUCAUCAUAUGGAAAGGACUUUCAAGAACUAAUAGGGACUUACAAUGCUUCAAGGAAUUUCAAGGGGAAAAGCCAGAAAAUUCUUCAUGAAGUUGAGCCUGAGUCUGAAAGCAGCUCAUACGAGUCACUGGACGAUAGUGCAUCAGAUGAUGAAGAUGCAAUUGCUGAUAAAACUAAACUUGCCAAGUCUUUCGUAAAAGAAAAUGCUGAACAUGAGCUGGAUCAGUAUCCAGGAGUAGAUGAUUUUGAUGUUUCAUGUGGAGAGUUCCUUGAAAGCUCGCGACCUGAGAGCUUUGCCUUUCCUGUUCAAUCCCAUGAAACUAGUUCAUCAGAAAGUUUGGAUCAAGGUCCUACAAUUGUUUAUGUACCCACGAGAAAAGGAACUGUGGAACUAGCUAACUAUCUGUGCAAAUCAGGCCUCAAAGCUGCAGCGUAUAAUGCAAAGAUGCCUAGAUCACAUUUGAGGCAGGUGCACGAGCAGUUCCAUAGCAAUGCCUUAGAGGUUGUUGUGGCUACUAUAGCAUUUGGCAUGGGAAUUGACAAAUCAAAUGUCAGGAGAAUUAUUCACUACGGUUUACCGCAGAGUUUGGAAGCGUAUUAUCAAGAAGCUGGUCGUGCUGGUAGAGAUGGGAAGUUGUCAGAUUGCACUUUAUAUUGUAAUUUUAUGAGAACACCGACAUUGCUUCCUAACAAAAGAAGCGACGAACAGACAAGGGCAGCAUAUAGAAUGCUACGGGAUUGCUUUCACUAUGCUUUGAACACUUCAACAUGUAGAGCCAGAAUACUAGUAAAGUACUUUGGUGAGGAAUUUGGUCCUGACGGGUGCCAAAUGGACAUGUGGGGCUCAGGCCUAGAUGUCAGUGAUUCAACAAGGAUCUCUUUGAAACUUGCAUUUUCGUGUGACGUCUGUAUUAAUGGCCCUCCUGAAAUGCAUGAUUUCAAGGAAGAAGCAGUUGUGUUCAUGAAUGUGCUCCAAGCUCAAGCUGGACAAGCAAUUGAAGGUAUGGACUACAACAGUACAGACUGUUAUAUAUCUGGAAGGCGAAAUUUUGGGGCGGUACCUGAUUUCAGAACGAUAGUCAGUUAUAUAAGAGAGAAGAUUCCUAGGUUUGCCAUGACAGACAAGAUAUGGUGGCAAGGCCUUGCUCGUAUUUUAGAGGACAUGGGAUACAUACAGGAAGCAGCUGAAAUUCCUCGUGUUCUAAUCCAGCAUCCAGAGCUGACAAGAGCCGGAUUAAAUUUUCUGAGUUCACAACCAGACAAGGAAGGCUUAUAUGCAUACCCUGAUGCCGCUACGUUACUGGCGAUUAGUAACCCAAAGUCCUUCUCUUCUUCCUCGGAGUGGGGCAGGGGUUGGGCAGAUCCUGAGAUACGCCGCCAGUGUCUUGCGGGGAAAACAGGAAGAAGGAAAAGGAAGAGGGGUUCUCGGAGGCAGCCUGCAGGUUUCACAACUGCAAAGGAGAGACUAUCAGCAAUACUCUCGAAGUCGAAACGCAGAAAGUAACACCAAAAGUGAUGAGAUCAUGAGAUGCCAAAAAUAAUCACAUAUAGCGAAGUUCAAUUCUGCGGCAGUUUUUUUUACGGCAGCAGGCAGGUACAGGUUGCUAAAUCUGACACGAUAAUUGUUCACUGUCAUACUUGUUUGGAGAUCAGUUGGGAUUUUUGUAUACUUGGAGAUUGCCUACUAAUCAGUUGAUUUCACAAGUUACCGCGGAGUGUUAGUUUUAAGUGUUUUUCUUUUUAUGGUUUCUCAUUAGGGUAACUACUUGUAAUAGUACAAAUGAAUGAGGUUACAGGUCACUAUUUUGGCAGCCCAUGCUCAGUCUGAACGUCAAGACACUGAAUAUUUUUUUGA